AUGGAAAUUGAUAGAAUUACAUAUUAUUAUCCUCUUACUAACUUUAGACUAUUAAAAUUGCGAAUUCAAUAACAUCUAUAUUUUGUCAUUUUCUAACUCUAAGUAAUUUGCAAUUUUCUGACAUUUAAAGGCUCAUUAAAACGUAUUAUUUAUAUCAUUUCAGAUUAUAUCAUAUUGUGUCUUUCUAUAACAAAGUACAUGUAGGUAAUAAAAAUAAUAGGAUAGAACGUUUCGGACAAGACUUGGACUGAAAGAAAAAAUGCUGGCUGACGAACGAUACAUCAAUAUUACCCAAGCGGAGAUCAAUAAAGCCAAAAGCUUUUUGCUGCUAGGGACAAGUCAAGUAGAAAGUAAUAUUAUGAUUUGAGGGUUUUUAGAGCGAAGGAGACAGUUAUCCAAAACAUCCUCAAGAUCUUUCAAGUUCUCUUCAGAGCAAAAAUAAACCUAUUUGUCCGUGGUUUAUUAAAUAUGCAACUGAAAAUAUUACAUAUUAUAUAGAAUAAUAAUAAACUUAAAUCUUAGAGGAUGGUAUGUUUAAUGUUUAAUUAGGGCUUGCCUAAUAUCAUCCGACAGGUUAAGAAUUCAGAAAAGGAAUUAAGAAUCCUUAUCUUGGGUUUGGAAAUUGAAAGAAAAACUACUAUUUUGAAGGUAUUGUCAAAUGAAGCCAUAAAUGAGAUUGUUCUUACUCGCGGCUUUAACAUUAAAAAUUUGUAAUACAAAGAAUUUAAAUUUAAUCUUUGGGAUGCAGAGGGUAAAUUCAAAAUUUUUAUAAAAGCAUCUAGAAUUUUUGAGGAACUACUUUGAAAGGAUAGAUGCUUUGAUAUUUUCAUUGAUUCAUCUGUUU